UAAUCCUGAACAGAAUGGCCCGUUCCGCAAGUGACGAUGCGAUGGCGCCAUUGGCUUCCUCUCACUGGCAGUAUGAGCCGGAGCCCAAGCGCAGCGCGCUGGGCUCCAGCUUUGCAUGCUGCGCCAUGCGUCAGAAGCCCAAUGAGAAGGUUCUGAUGCCACAGCCGCCAGGCACUGUGGAGGAGGACGACAGCAACAGGAAGGUGAUUUGGGACACUGCAGAUUUGACGUGGUGGGACUUCCAGCGACGGCGAUGGAAGACUCUGUGGCUGAUGCGAACGGUGUACUUCCGCUACAAAGGCGUUCAGGAGCGCACUGAGGGAUUGCCCGAAGGUCCAGAGCGAGAGAAGCAGUGGGUUGAGUGCCACACAAUUAGUGCCCGCGAGCUGCGCUUGCAUGCGGAGGAGGCCAAGGGCCUUUUCAUCAAAGCUGGGCAGGUCAUGAGCGCGAUGGUGGGCACCUUGCCCGACGCCUUCACCAACGAGUUCCUGUCGCUCACGGAUCACCUGCCCGUGAGCCGUUUGGAGGAGGUCUACCGGAUCAUCCAGCGGACCUUCCAGAAGCCGCCCAAGGUGAUCUUCUCGGAGUUCGACCCCGAGCCCUUGGCCUCGGCCUCCAUUGCGCAGGUGCACAAGGCCCGGCUCCGGUCCACAAACCAGAUCGUGGCCGUGAAGGUCCAGCACGAUGGUGUAGACCGAAUCUUCCUGGAGGACAUCGAGACCCUCACGGCCGUGGCCGAGCAGGUCUCUUACUGGGCACCGGAUCUGGAUUUCCGGAAGUUCGCGGAGGAGUGGCGAGAGUCCUUGCCGCGGGAGCUGGACUUUUGCCAUGAGCACGAUGCGCUGGAGCGCGCGGGCAAGAAGCUCCGCGAGGCUGGGAACUGCUGCAUCGUGCCGGAGGUCCACCAUGAGCUUUGUGGUGCACAUGUCUUUGUCAUGGAGUUCAUUGAUGCUGGGCCGAUCUUAGAUUUGGGCAAGGCGGAGUUCUGUGCGAAGCACCACAUCGACAAGCACCGAGUGCUGACGGAGCUGCUUCACGCGUUUGGCAUCAUGGCCUUCAAGGACGGGAUGUUCCACGCGGACCCCCACGCGGGCAACGUGCGCCUCGUGGUGGAUCCCACCGCCCCGGGCGGCGCGAAGCCGGUGCUCUUGGAUUGGGGCCUCAUUCGGGAGAUUACAGACGCAGAGCGGUUAGGCCUGGCGAAGGUCUUCCACUCCUUGGCCAACUUUGACAUCGCGGGGCUUUUUGAUGUCCUCGAGUCCUUGGGGUUUAGCCUCCGGCAAGAGCUCGUGAACGAUGAUCUCAAGCGGGAUCUCAUUGAGAAGGCUCGAGGUGUGGUCAAGGACACCAUCAAUCGGCACAAGACCCGAGAGAACGCGCGGGAGGAGUUGGCAGAGUUUAAGGCUCGGUUAAACCGAGCCAAAGAAGACGCUGGGAUGGAAGGCUCUAUGUCUCCGAUCUAUUUCUUGGAGGACUGGCCCCGUUGCAUCAUCUUCUUCAUGCGAAUGCUGCAAAUCUUGCGGGGGCUUUGUGUGGCUGUGGAUGCUGAAGGGAUGCCUUUGUUGCAGAUCUUCUCCAGCCAUGCGCGGGAGGCCUUGCAGGAAGGCUCCAGGCGGCAGAUGCUGUCCAGCAGCCUGAAGAUCUUCGGUGGCUCCUCGGGAAUCAUUGAGGAGACGCAGACACCCUUCAGUCCUAAGGCGCCCGUCAAGCCCGACCCCACCUUGGUGGCGCGCCUCAGGCAGAAGCUGUCGGAGCUGCAGUCGAAGCGGCAGCUGGUGGGUGCCCAAGUGGCGGUGGUGAGGGGUGGCGAGGUCAUUUGCAACUUGGCACAUGGCACGCUUUCCACCAUCGACGCGCGCUUGGUGAAUGAGCACACUCGCUUUCCCCUGCUGGGCGCCACUGCCGGUCUGGCUGGGCUGGCGUUCCUCCGGGCGCUGCGCCGGAGGAGCCAGGAGCUGAUCGAAGCCACGGGAGAUGUUACCAUGAAGCCAGAGAAUGUGCUCAGAAAGAUGUUGGUGUCGCAGCUUUGGCCAAGCUUCUCCGGCUGCAAUCCGGACAUCACCUUGGCCGACGUGCUCAGCCACCGCAUCGGCUUGCAGGAUGCCUUUCCGCCCGACUUCACCCAGAGCUCACUGGAUGAUUUGAAUGGAAUGGUCGCUCAUUUGGAACAGGAGGCUCUGAAGGUCACCGAAGACUCUCACUAUGCCUACAUCCUCCAGUCCUUCGUCUUGGCGAAGCUGGGGAGCUGCAUCGGGGAGCAGGACGACUUUCUCCACUGGCUGGGCGCCGAGCUGGGCUCCUUGGGGCUGGAUGUGGCGCUCCCAGCGGGACGAGGCCGUGAGGCCAGCAUUUGCAGAGAUUUGCCCGAUUUGGCCCGGGUCUCCAUGCAGGAGGUGCAAGCAGCACGGUCUCGCAGGAAGCAGAAGGUCAAUCAGCCUGAAGAGGUCGCUGAAGACAGCAGCACCAGUUCAAGACAGAAGGCGAGCCGUUCGCAGAACUUGCUACAGGCCAUUGCGCGAGAUCCGCUGGUGUUCGACCCACUUCAGGGCAAUGCGGGCGCUGGAGGGUUGUUCCGUGGAGGUCUCUCGAUCUGCGCCUCCGCGCGGGGCUUGGCCGAGCUCCUGGCCUCCGAGGAGCUGCAUGAGGACUUGGAGACCCUCCAUGCAUUGGCACUGGAAGGCAUGGACAAGACGGUGUUGGGCUGGAUCCUCUCGGGAGGGGCCACUCAUUGGACAGCCGGUGGACUACAGGCCCUCGAUUUGCGGGGCACUGGCUCCAGAGCGUUACGUGGCUAUCAGGAAAGUGGUUAUGGAGUGGUCUCCGGUUUUGGCCCGGUCUUCGCCCACUUCCCGGGCCUGGACUUGACGGUGGCUGUGCUGGUGAACGACGUGAUCCACGGUCGCAAGGCGGCUGAGGAGUUGGUCACCGCCGUGUUGCAGGGCUUUGGCGUGGCACCUUCGUGGCCAAAGAUGACCAUGAAUGUGGUCGCCGAUGCCGCAGCCAUGGCCAACUCCAAAGAUGCAGCACCCCUCCUGGACGCGGUGGGCGGCAUGGAGGGCCUCUCGCACCUCAUGCAGAUGGGAAGUGCCGAGGCCACGGAAAGCAAGCCCUGUUGCAGCUUAGCACAGGUGACUUCAUCCUUGGCCCAGUGCUGUCAUGGCAUUUGCCGCUCAUAGCGCACAGAUGCGCCCAGAAACCGCAGGGGAGAUCAUGGCUGGUAC